AUGGAGCGUGCUCGUGUUUGCCGGUACCUCUGUGGACUAGUACUUUGGUGUCUCAUAGGCAGUAUAAGUGCACAAUUGGACGAAAGCUUUGCGUCAAGCACCGAACCGGUAAUAGCUGUAUACGAUGAGGACCCUAACAACAAUGCUAUUCCGAUUGGUGAAGGUGAUACGUUGGACCCGGAGAUGGUACCCGAUGAUAAUUCUACGCUCCUUGAACCAUCGUCCACCAACAACCUUACCGCGGACGGAAAUGCAACGGAACAUGAACAUCCCUUCGAUCCAACAACUCCCCUGAACGACGCAAACUACGAUGAGUACUACAACAAUCUGGAGAAGUUGCUGAACAAAUCGGGUGACUUUAACUAUCACUAUCCCGAUUUCUACGAUUACAACUUUAAUCGGAGUACCUCUUUUAACCAGAGCACGCCCUCAAUUAACCUUUCAACGGCACCCGGAUUCUUUCAAGUCGCUCCCGGAGAUAUUGGUCCUUCCCUUUAUAUGCCACCGGGAGUAGCCGACCUGCAGCGUGCCUAUUCACCACCGUAUGUGCCCGGUGGCAUUAUGACAACGAGCCUCAAGACCAAUUUUUCGACUCCAUUCGCCAACUCGAACGCAAGCAGUAGAGCCUGGCCCGCGGAUACCGCUAGCUAUAGUGGAUUCCAUUCCGACCCAAAACUUCGAUCGCGGUUGCAUCCAGUUGAGCUCGAUCCUUAUAUUAAACCACCUACGACAAAAACGACAAGGACAACGGCUAGGAAAACAACAACUGUUCGCUCGACGAGAAAAACCAAAACGAAACGCGGUAAAUCGGUCACAACGCGAUCAUCCCGGAAGACCAAACCAACGAGACCAACCGUUACGAAGCCGGCUAAGCAAUUUCGAUCGAUGAGCAAGUCCCGAAUUACCAGCAGAAGGAGCACCACCACCACCACGCAACCGCCGAAUGUGAGGAGAUCGCUGAGGAAGCCUACCAGCAGCGUACGACGUGAUCGACGGUAUCUUGGCUCCCGGAAUCGUACCACACCGAAUGGCAUCCGUCGGAGACGCACGAGGACAGUCAAGCGGUUCAGAAAGCUUGACCCACCGACACCGCCCGCUAGAAGAAGGCGUAUUCCGCUCGCUCGACCUCGUCAACGGCAGCGACCAUGGGCCAUGCCACCGCUGAUGCUGGACUACGAGUUCUGGAUGUUCUGAAAGAAGAAGAAAGAGAGUCCGUUGCGCGAACACUUUCAAUAAAGUAAGCAGCUUUCA